AGGUCAUGCUGUCCUCCUCCUCCUCCACUGUUGGUGGUGUGUGGUGAGGGUUUCACAGACCAGUACCCAGGGCUGCACAGCCAGUGGGAGCUAAAUUUGGGCAAGAGGUGAUCAGAUUCCCUCUCUGUGUGCACAUGAUACUGUCCCAGUUACUUGAGCAAUGUCCCUUCUCACACUGUCACACACACUCAACGAGUUCAGACACUGGGCGAUCCUCUGCUCUUAAGCACUCAGAACAGUAUUUGGUCACCAUACUUGAACUAAAGGACUUUUUUACAGCAGUCUCUUUUGUUUGGACUUUAGUGUCUACUGACCAGACUGAAUAUUUGGGCCUGGUCCUCUGGAGCCUCAGUCUUGUCUGUAGCUUUUUCUUUGUCUCUCAACACCCCUGCUACAGCGCCUGGCAGGAGGAAGAGACUGCUGACCCACCAUGUUUCUCGCACUAGUGGUGACGCCAGAGCUGAGGGAGUUCCUGGCCAGGGUAAGAGGGGGAACAGUGCGCCUCUUCAAGGUGCGCAUCCAAGACGAGCAGCUGGUGCUGGGGGCCUACAGAGAGCCAGAGAAGAGCUGGGACCAGGAUUAUGAUCACUUCCUGCUUCCUCUCCUGGAUGACCGGGAACCCUGCUACAUCCUGUACCGCCUUGACUCCCAGAAUGCACAGGGCUACGAGUGGAUCUUUAUAUCGUGGUCUCCUGACCAGUCUCCUGUGAAACAAAAGAUGCUGUACGCUGCCACCCGUGCCACUGUGAAGAAAGAGUUUGGUGGUGGCCACCUGAAGUAUGAGAUGUUUGGCACAACUGAGGAGGACAUCUGUUUGCUGGGCUACCAGUGUCAUGUGUCGUCCUGCUCAGGUCCUGCCCCUCUCACAUUAGCUGAGCAGGAGCUCCAGAGGAUCAAAAUCACUGAGGUGAGAGGUCAGCCUGCUGUCAGCAGGGCUGUCAUCACUGCAGAGAUAAAUGUGGAGAGUAAACACCAGACUCUUCAAGGCCUUGCUUUCCCACUGCAAGACACAGCCAAGAGAGCCCUUCAGCAACUUGCCCAGAAACGUCUCAACUACAUACAGCUGAGACUUGAUGUAGAAAAGGAGAUAAUCGAGCUGGCCAACUGCAGCCCAACAGAAACUCGGGAUUUGCCCCGCAGAGUUCCAAAAGACACUCCCAGAUACCACUUCUUCCUUUACAAACACUGCCACGAAGGAGACUACCUGGAAUCUGUUGUGUUCAUAUACUCCAUGCCAGGGUACAGCUGUAGCAUCAAGGAACGAAUGCUAUAUUCCAGCUGCAAGAGUCAACUGCUGGAGGAAGUGGAGAAAGAUUACCAUUUGGAAGUUGCUAAAAAGUUGGAGAUUGACAAUGGUGAUGAACUGACAGAGGAGUUUCUGUACGACGAGGUCCAUCCCAAGCAGUAUGCCCACAAACAGGCCUUCGCUAAGCCCCGCGGUCCAGCAGGGAAAAGGGGACACAAGCGUCUCAUUAAGGGGACAGGAGAGACCAUACAAAAUAGCUAGAGAUGGACAAAAAAAAAACCCCACCUAUAGUAGUGCCUGCAGUUCCAGUUCUCCCAGUUUCCCCAGACCAGUUAAUAUUGUGUCAGGCCCAGGGAAAUGAUCACAGUGGAGGAUUUUCUUUGUUGUUUGUGUCCUGAAGCACUUGUGAUAUAUAAAAAAGCAUGAAUCUUUUUUUAAUGACUUCUCCAUUUGGAAAAGAGCCAAGCUGAAACGCAGACAUAUGACUUAAUUUAUUGUGACUCUCAUCUCUGUCUGGAUCUUCCACAUUUAAAAAUAGAAGUAGAUCUGCAAUUUAGACUUGCUCCAACUUGCAAAUGCAUAGCUGGAUGUUUUAGUCCUCAUGUCUAUC